AUGGAUCAGCUAUACUGCGCAGGUGAAUAUUGGUGUACCGACAGUUCACAAAAGCUCCUUUACUCUAUUUGUACUAAGCUGAGACUUUAUAUUAUUUAUAAUAUUGUUAUCGUCCUCCUUAAUACCUAUCUGAAUACUGAAGAAGGUGUUGAGUCAAAAGCAAAGUACGAUGUACCUCAUCCUGAAUUGGCUUCUAGGCUUGAAAAGGAAAUAUUGGACACAAAUCCAGGGUUUAAACGGGAUGAUGUUGCCGGACUAAGUAAAGAAAAGAGGAUUCUACAGGAAGCAAUGAUAUUUCCAUUGUUGAUGCCCGAGUAUUUUCAGGGAAACAGGAGACCUUGGAGAAGAUUUCUUAUGUUUGGUCCUCCUAGAACAGGGAAAACACUUUUGGCCAAAGUUGUUGCUACAGAGUGUGGGACAACAUUUCUGAAUAUUUCUUGUAGUUCAUUAUGUGGAAAAUGGUACGGAAAGAGUGAACAAUUGACAUGGUGCUUAUUUGAGAUUGUCCAUACUCAUGCUCCAACUACAAUUUUCAUUGAUGAGAUUGAUUCUCUUUGCAGUGCCAGAGGGAGGCGGCUAGAAAAGAGGAUUUACAUCCCACUUCCUGAUUUUAAGAGCCAUAAGGAGCUUAUAAAGAUAAACUUAAAAUCAAUCAAGUUAGCUUCUGGGCUGGAUAUUGACCAAGUGGCACGAAGACCAGAAGGUUACAGUGGAGACAAUCUAACAAACAUCUGCAGAGAUGCUUCUUUAAAUGGCAUGAGACAGAAGAUAGCUGGGAAAACCACAAAGGAGAUUAAGAACAUAUCGAAAUUCGAGAUUCUAAAUAUUCUAGUUACAAUGGAUGACUUCAUAGAAGCUUUAGAUAAAAUACAGCCCACAGUUUCUGUAAGGGACAUUCAACGACAUGAGAAAUGGCUUUCAGAGUUUGGAUCAUCAUAGAAAGAUCAACUAAAUGCAAGUUCAAAAGUGCUUUUUUUGCGAGGAAGUCACGUUGUGAAGACCAAAUUGACCGUUAUGGACAAACAUGUUAUAUUUAAGGAACUAUUCUUGUUAGAUAAUCUAAUACUAGUCAUACUGCUAUUGCUAUAUGGGCUAGCACCUUGUUUGGAUGGUUAUUACCCAUUGUACAGCAUUGUAUUGUUAGUUUAACUAUAAUGUUGUUAGGUAACAACAAAAAAAUCCUAUUUUAUAUAAUGACCGAUUAGGUGUGAUUGCGUCGUUACCUUAAUGAAAAAAUAUUUCAGGUGA